AUGGUCCAGACAAGACGGACAGUGAGCCAGCCGAUGCCUGCAACUACACAGUCACACCCGCCUAGAACGCAGCAGGAAGAUUCCGGCAAUGGCCCCGAUAUCUACGAGGACCCUUCUUCAGAAUCUAGCGCGGAUGAAGACGACCGAAUGGACCAGGAGCCUGUGGUGGAAAGCGCAGUAGACAGAUUCAAUAACAGCGCACUUCUCGUUCACGGCCUCAGAAACUAUGCCACAGAGUCCCCAACAGAAUGGGAGGACAAUGACGAUAUUCGCGAGCAUCCGGCGCUGAUCCUUUCUCAUGCCUGGCGUGUCCGUUCGGAAUCUACACGGUUGGCACGGCUGGCACUACUAUCCCGCCAAAGUGACCAUGAAACCCUUGACUGUACUUCUUUUUCGGUCCUCUCCUGCAGGAUCUGA